AUGCCACAAGCCGGCGAGACUCAAGGCAAUGAACGCGAUGCUCUAAUCAGAAUUGAGCCGAAAGGUUUCUUUUACCGACCACCAAAGCUUCCCAACCAAUUGACCAGCAGCAUUACUGACGAAGAUGAUCUCUUCAUCACCUCCCAUAUGGGAAUAGCGAUAGUCGAUAGAUCUUCUUGGCGGCUGGUUGUUGACGGUCUAGUCGAACAGCCAUUCACGAUAUGCUGGGAUGAACUACUCCAGCUCCCGAAGAGCACAGUCACAGCCUUCCAUGAAUGCUAUGGUAGUCCGAUCAAGCCGCCUGACACGAACCUAUGGCGUAUAGGCAACGUUGCUUGGACUGGAGUGUCUCUGGACACCCUACUUGGAAUGGCCAAGCCGAAGCCUGAAGCCCAGUAUGUCUGGAGUGACGGCCUCGAGCAUGGCUCUUUCUUCGAAGCUAAAGAUGUGGAUAGGUAUCAGAAAGACAUGCCACUAACCAAGGCUUUGCGUGGGGGCUGCCUUGUUGCAUAUGAGUUCAACGGAAUGCCACUAAGCGCAAAGCGAGGUGGUCCUGUAAGACUCAUCGUGCCUGGAUACUAUGGAACCAACUCUGUAAAAUGGCUUACUCGCUUGUCGCUACAAGAAACAAGGUCGAAGGGGCCGUUUACAACGAUCUACUACAACGAGGUGGACCCGACUGACCCCCGAGAAAUACGAAAGAGACCCUGCUGGGACGUCGAGCCUAAUUCCUUCUUGCUGACAACACCGUCAUCCGAAGGUGAAAUACAAGGCCCGCAAGUUGUCAUUGCAGGUCGUGCUUGGGGUGCGUCAGCCAUCGAGAAGGUGACUAUCAGUGUCAGAGAAGGAGGAGAGUGGCUAGAGAAAGCCUCAAUAAGACCACCAGAGCGCAAACAAUACGAAUGGCAAGACUUCGAGACUGCACUCUACCUACCCACGGGCGAGCACGAGAUCAUGGCUAGAGCGACUGACAAAGCAAAUAAUACACAACCCACUAGUGGAAGACGUAACCACGCACAUUCGAUAAAUAUUGUAGUACGUGAGUAA